UGUAACAGCGAAAAAAAUAAUAUAAAAGAGUGUUGAGGGUUUUUAUUGGCUUACUUUUGACGCCAUAGGAAAUUAUUUUGACAUCUGAAACGACUUAACGGAACUAGCUAGCCCAUCUCCCCCCCUGGUUGGCAAAGCGGCGAGAGAGAGCGAACAUGGUCUCCGUUCGUCAGUGGUGUCAGCGGCCGCGGCCGGGAGCUACCACCUGCCUUCGCCUCGGCUCCGCUGCGGGCGAGCCGUAAGCGAGCAUGUCCCGGUUGCUCCUUCCACUAGCACCACCACCACCACCGCCGCCGCCGCCGCCGCCGCCGCCUCCUCCUCCUCGUCCCAGCCGCUCCGACGACCCUCGUCCACGGGCACGAUGUACUUCAACCGGGGAGCUAAGAAGAUCCACAGCGAAGGAGGACCCGCUUGCUCGUCGGCCGGCUACCACAAGGCGGACGAUGAGAUGUCCGGCACCACGUCGCAGGCGGAGCCCGUCGACGCAACGGCGCGCGGCGUGCUGCUGAACCGGCCCCAGACCACCAAGUUCUGCGACAACCACGUCAGUACCACCAAGUAUGGCGUACUCUCCUUUCUUCCCCGCUUCAUGUACGAGCAGAUCCGGAGGGCCGCCAACGCCUUCUUCCUGUUCAUCACGCUCAUGCAGCAAAUCCCCGACGUGUCGCCGACCGGCCGCUUCACCACGCUGGUGCCGCUCAUCUUCAUCCUCACCGUGGCCGGCAUCAAGGAGAUCAUCGAGGACUACAAAAGACAUAAAGCGGACAACACGGUCAACAAGAAGACGACCACAGUGUUGCGUAACGGAGCCUGGCAGACCAUCAUCUGGAAGCAGGUGGCAGUAGGGGACAUCGUGAAGGUGACCAAUGGCCAGCACCUCCCUGCUGACAUGGUUAUUGUGUCAUCCAGUGAACCUCAGGCCAUGUGCUACACUGAGACCUCCAACCUUGAUGGGGAAACCAACCUGAAGAUCCGGCAGGGACUCUCACUCACCGCGGGCAUCCAGACACUGGAGGACUUGAUGUCUUUAUCCGGCGUUUUGGAGUGCGAAGGUCCGAACAGGCAUUUGUACGACUUCACAGGCACGCUGCGGCUGGAAAACCAAAAAGCUGCUCCUUUAGGACCAGACCAGGUCCUGCUGCGUGGCGCCCAGAUCCGGAACACUCAGUGGGUCGUGGGAAUCGUGGUCUACACCGGCCAUGACUCCAAACUCAUGCAGAACUCUACCAAGGCUCCCCUGAAGCGAUCCAACGUAGAGCGGGUGACCAACAUGCAGAUCCUGGUGCUGUUCGGCAUCCUGCUGGUCAUGGCUUUGGUCAGCUCGGUCGGCGCCGCCAUCUGGAACAGGCAGUACACCGAGGAGGCCUGCUGGUACCUGUCCCGACAGGGUGACAUCUCUACUAACUUUGCGUACAACCUGCUGACGUUCAUCAUCCUGUACAACAACUUGAUCCCCAUCAGCCUGCUGGUCACCCUGGAGGUGGUCAAGUUUACACAGGCCCUCUUCAUCAACUGGGAUGUGGAAAUGUACUAUGCCGAGACGGACACGCCGGCCAUGGCUCGAACGUCCAACCUAAACGAGGAGCUGGGCCAGGUGAAGUAUCUGUUUUCCGACAAGACGGGAACGCUCACCUGCAACGUUAUGCACUUUAAGAAGUGCACCAUAGCAGGAAUCACGUAUGGCCACUUCCCCGAUCUCGACUGCGAUCGUUCCAUGGAAGACUUCAGCAAUCUGCCGUCCAGCAGCAACAACUCGACCGAGUUCGACGACCCGGCUCUCAUCCAGAACAUCGAAAAAGGCCACCCGACAUCCCCUCAGAUCUGCGAGUUCCUGACCAUGAUGGCCGUGUGCCACACGGUGGUGCCCGAGCGCGACGCCAACCAGAUCAACCAGGCGUCCUCGCCUGACGAAGGCGCUCUGGUCAAGGGGGCCAAGGGUCUCGGCUUCGUCUUCACCGCCAGGACGCCGGACUCGGUCAUCAUCGAGGCCAGAGGGAAGGAGAUGAGUUACCAGCUGCUCAAUGUCCUGGAGUUCUCCAGUAACCGCAAGCGCAUGUCCGCAGUGGUGAGAACCCCCAACGGGAGGCUCAGGCUCUAUUGCAAAGGAGCGGAUAAUGUGAUAUUUGAACGUCUGACGGAGGACUCCCAGUACAAAGAGUUGACCAUCGCUCACCUGGAGCAGUUUGCCACCGAAGGCCUGAGGACUUUGUGUUUUGCCUACGUGGACCUGCGGGAGGACGCCUACCAGGAGUGGCUGAAGGAAUACAACCGCGUCAGCACCGUGCUCAAAGACAGGGCGCAGAAACUGGAGGAGUGCUACGAACUGCUGGAAAAGAACCUGCUGCUGCUGGGCGCCACCGCCAUAGAGGACCGCCUCCAGACCGGCGUCCCCGAGACCAUCGCCACGCUGAUGCGGGCCGACAUCAAGAUCUGGGUCCUGACCGGAGACAAGCAAGAGACAGCCAUCAACAUCGGCUACUCGUGCCGACUGGUGACGCACGGCAUGUCCCUCAUCAUCGUCAAUGAGGACUCCCUGGAUGCGACCCGCUCCACCCUGACCGCCCACUGCUCGUCCCUGGGCGACUCGCUGGGGAAGGAGAACGAGCUGGCGCUGAUCAUCGACGGCCAGACGCUCAAGUACGCGCUGUCCUUCGAGCUGCGGCAGGCCUUCCUGGACCUGGCCCUGUCGUGCAAGGCGGUCAUCUGCUGCCGAGUGUCGCCGCUGCAGAAGUCCGAGAUCGUGGACAUGGUGAAGAAGCACGUGAAGGCCAUCACGUUGGCCAUCGGGGACGGCGCCAACGACGUGGGCAUGAUCCAGACGGCCCACGUGGGCGUGGGCAUCAGCGGCAACGAGGGCAUGCAGGCCACCAACUCCUCCGACUACUCCAUCGCGCAGUUCUCAUACCUGGAGAAACUGCUGCUCGUGCACGGCGCGUGGAGCUACAACCGCGUCACCAAGUGCAUCCUGUACUGCUUCUACAAGAACGUGGUGCUCUACAUCAUCGAGCUGUGGUUCGCCUUCGUCAACGGUUUCUCAGGCCAGAUCCUAUUCGAGCGCUGGUGCAUCGGCCUGUACAACGUGAUAUUUACAGCCCUGCCUCCGUUCACUUUGGGCAUUUUUGACCGGCCAUGCAGCCAGCAGAACAUGCUCCGCUUCCCUCAACUGUACCGGAUCACCCAGAAUGCCGAGGGCUUCAACACUAAGGUGUUCUGGGGUCACUGUAUCAACGCACUGAUUCACUCGAUUAUUCUCUUUUGGUUUCCUCUCAAGAUGUUAGACCACGACUCCCCCUUCAAGAAUGGUCAGGGCAACGACUACCUUUUUGUCGGAAAUAUGGUCUACACGUAUGUCGUGGUCACAGUGUGUCUGAAAGCUGGGAUGGAGACCACUGCUUGGACCAGGUUCUCCCACCUGGCCGUCUGGGGAAGCAUGCUCCUGUGGCUGGUCUUUUUCGGGGUCUACUCGGUCAUCUGGCCCACCUUCCCCUUGGCCCCCGACAUGCUGGGUCAGGCCGGCAGCGUGCUGCAGUGCUGGUACUUCUGGCUCGGUCUGCUCCUGGUGCCCGCCGUCUGUCUACUCAAGGACUUUGUUUGGGCGGCGAUACGUCGUUCCGUGAGGAAGACGCUGCUGGAGGAGGUGCAGGAGCUGGAGGCCCGCGCCGUGGACCCGGGUGCGGCAGUGCUGAGGGACGCCAGCGGGCGCAGUCUAAACGAACGUGCCCAUCUGCUGACAAGAGUCUUUAGGAAGACGCCCUCCAGCAUCGGACGCUCCAACUCGCUGCAGCAACCCGUGACGCACGGCUACGCCUUCUCCCAGGAGGAGCACGGCGUCGUAUCUCAAUCGCAGGUCGUGCGCUCGUACGACACCACCCGCCAGCGGCCCAGCAUCUAAGCCCCACCCCUGCCCGUCACAAACGCCAUCCCCUAACCCCCCAAGCCCGUGAGAUGUCGCCGUGGCGACGCGACUUCAAGCUCUACGGAUUAUUCCGCACUAUCGAGACGUAAACUACGAUGCGACCGCCGCAAGUCAGAGACUGCUCGAGAAGCCUGAUUGGUGCGUUCCACUGUAUCCUUCUGUGUGUGUGUGUGUGUGUGCAAGUGUGUGUGUGUUACACCCCUCGCCAUUCAAUCAUCACAUGAAGGGAAUGGCGAAAGGUGUGGGGAGGUGGGGGGGGGGCGUCCAAAUAAACACGCGCGGAUGAAUUCCAUUCCGAGCGCUGCCAAACACCACAGGGGAUGCGACUGAGGCGGAACGCUCGGACCCCCCCACCCCCACCCCCACCCCGCCAAAUCGUGGAGCCUCCAUCUCCCUUAUCGCUUCACUUCCUAUCUGUCCCAUCUCAACUACUGGACUUUUUUUUUAUGUUUUCUUUUUUUUUUGGCUGUUUUUUUUUUUUUUUUUUUGUACUUAAAUGUCCUAGAGAAGAAAUACUUGACCAUGUAUGGGAAGCAGUUUGAGUAUCGUAAUUUCCGGCCGACAAGCCCCGAUUUUUUUCCCAUGCUUUCAACCCUGCGGUUUAUGCGGUGAUGCGGCGCUAGUGUUAGCGCACCUGGUUUAUAAGCCUCGGUAAACAGAGUUUAAUGCUAGUGCAGCGAUAGCGUUAGCGCACCUGGUUUAUAAGCCUCAGUACACAGAAUUUAACGCUAGUGCGGCACUAGCGUUAGCGCACCUGGUUU